GUGGGGCCAGCAUUAGUGGUUCCGGCUCGGCUUCUAUAGCCCCCCGGCUCCUCGCUUUCCCCCCUCCCCUCCCGCACCUCUCCUCCCUCCCGCUGCUGGGAAAGAGAGAAGCCACCACUGCGGGUGGGUAGAGAAGCACUCGGCGCCUCCGGGAGGGGACCGCGCCCGCCCCUUCUGAGCCUCUAAGUACGGCCAGACCAGGUUACAAAAUACUCUCCUGUGCUUGAGAUCCACAGACUACGUGUCCUACGAGAACAAAUCAAUGGUUUUUCAUCUCCUGGAAGUACAUUAGAAACAUAAAUAUGGUGCCAAAAGAUAUCCUUACCUUUCUCUGACUACAGUUUAUUUGGACAUACUUUUGUACUGAAGAGAGGUAUACAGACUGAGGCUACUCAUUGUGCAAAGACUCUGUCGUGUAGGAUCAUGGACCAUCCUAGUAGGGAGAAGGAUGAAAGACAACGGACAACUAAACCCAUGGCACAAAGGAGUGCACACUGUUCCCGACCAUCUGGCUCCUCAACAUCCUCUGGGGUUCUUAUGGUGGGACCCAACUUCAGGGUUGGCAAGAAGAUAGGGUGUGGGAACUUCGGAGAGCUCAGAUUAGGUAAAAAUCUCUACACCAAUGAAUAUGUAGCUAUCAAACUGGAACCAAUAAAAUCACGUGCUCCACAGCUUCAUUUAGAAUACAGGUUUUAUAAACAGCUCGGCAGUGCAGGUGAAGGUCUUCCACAGGUGUAUUACUUUGGACCAUGUGGGAAAUACAAUGCCAUGGUGCUGGAGCUCCUUGGCCCUAGCUUGGAGGACUUGUUUGACCUCUGUGACCGAACUUUUACUUUGAAGACUGUGUUAAUGAUAGCCAUCCAGUUGCUUUCUCGAAUGGAAUAUGUGCACUCAAAGAAUCUCAUUUACCGAGAUGUGAAGCCAGAGAAUUUCCUGAUUGGCCGACAAGGCAACAAGAAAGAGCAUGUUAUACACAUUAUAGACUUUGGACUGGCCAAGGAAUACAUUGACCCUGAAACCAAAAAACACAUACCUUACAGGGAACACAAAAGUUUAACUGGAACAGCAAGAUAUAUGUCUAUCAACACGCAUCUUGGCAAAGAGCAAAGCCGGCGGGAUGAUUUGGAAGCCCUAGGCCAUAUGUUCAUGUAUUUCCUUCGAGGCAGCCUACCCUGGCAAGGACUCAAGGCUGAUACAUUAAAAGAGAGAUAUCAAAAAAUUGGUGACACCAAAAGGAAUACUCCCAUUGAAGCUCUCUGUGAAAACUUCCCAGAAGAGAUGGCAACGUACCUGCGCUAUGUCAGGCGAUUAGACUUCUUUGAAAAACCUGACUAUGAGUACUUACGGACCCUCUUCACAGACCUCUUUGAAAGGAAAGGCUACACCUUUGACUAUGCCUACGAUUGGGUCGGGAGGCCUAUUCCUACUCCCGUAGGGUCAGUUCAUGUAGAUUCUGGUGCAUCUGCAAUAACUCGAGAAAGCCACACACACAGGGAUCGGCCAUCACAGCAACAGCCUCUGCGAAAUCAGACUGCAUCGUCAGAGCGCCGAGGAGAGUGGGAAAUCCAGCCCAGCCGGCAGACCAAUACCUCGUACCUGACGUCUCACUUGGCUGCAGACCGCCAUGGGGGAUCAGUGCAGGUGGUUAGCUCAACCAAUGGAGAGCUGAAUGUUGAUGACCCCACAGGAGCCCACUCCAAUGCACCAAUCACAGCUCACGCCGAGGUGGAGGUAGUCGAGGAAGCUAAGUGCUGCUGUUUCUUUAAGAGGAAAAGGAAGAAGACUGCCCAGCGCCACAAGUGACCAGUGCCUACCAGGAGUCCUCAGGCCCUGGGGACUCUAACUCGAUUGCACCCGCAGCUCCUGCCAUUUUUCAUUGGAAGGGACUCCUGUAUGGGGGAGGGUGGAGAUCCAAACCAAAAAAAGAAAACAGAUGCCCCCAGAAGGAGCCAGUGCGGGCAGCCAGGGCCCAGUGGGUCAGUGGCCAUCCCCGCUUGCCUACAGCUCUGAGCAGGUCCCAGAGCUGCUGCUCCUCCACUGCUUGCCCUUCGGGGCUGCCUGGUUGACUCUCCUUCCUAUUGUUUACAGUGAAGGUGUCAUUCACAAAAACUCAAGGACUACUGUUUUCUUCCCUAGUAGUUUACUCCCGGUUCUUGCCCCACCCUCAACCUUCUCCAGCAUAAAAGCUAGUGAGUUAAAGGCUUUGUCUGCUGAAGGAUCUCAAGAGGCUGGGGGUUUGGCCAAGAAGGCAGGGGGAAGAUGGCAGGCCUGGUGGGAGAAGAACCUUCUCCAGCUACCAGGUGUGCCUGGCAGAUGGCUCCCUACUCUGUGCCUGUGCAGCCUCCAUCCCCAGCUGGCCACAGGGUGCAGGGUCCUCCCGCCCUCCCUCCUGUCAAGUUACACUGUCGGACACAAGCUGUGAGAAAUCUGCAGUCUACUGUCCCUGCGCGUUGGCAUUCUUCGCUCUCUUGACAAGCGAACUCUGUUCUCCAGAUGGUAGUAGGACAAUGCAAAUUGUUCUGAGCAACGGAAAAAAAAACUGACUUUAUUGCA